GUUCUUCAGACGUUGUCAUUUUAUAUGGAUCUUGAUAAUCUGUGAAUCUGUUUCAGGAAAUCAUGUGACAAAAGCGGUGAAUAGCGAAGCUACUUUCGCUAUAAUGACUGGAUCUGUUGCUCCUAGUACCACCAGCAUUAUAUGGAAACACAGAGACAAUGCUGGAGUUGUUGUGAAAGUCAUUGAAUGGGACAGGGAGGAGGACAGCACUGACAUUCCCAACGCCAAAUUCAGAUCCCACGCAACUCUAGACAAAAGCACUGGAAAUCUUAACUUAAAAAAUCUGCAGCUCAAACACAGCGGAACUUAUACUGUCGACAUCAACAGCAAAGAGCAAAGAAAAAAAUUCACCCUGACUGUUAUGGAGCCUGUCAGUAAACCUCAUAUUACGGAAGAGUGCUCAUUGGGAGAUGUUCGUGAAUGUUCCUUGAGCUGUGUGGGUGAAUUUUCUUCUCAAAGUACAAUUAUUUGGAAAUACUGCGAUGGAGAAAAUGUUAAGGAACUGUAUCCUAAUGAGAGGAAAAUAACGGUGACUGAGAGCACUAACCUAGAAGACCACUACUCCUGCACACUGAAGAAUGAAGUGAGUGAGGAGACCAGUGACCCAGUCUAUGUGAGAGAUCUGUUUCAUGAUUCAAACACAGAAUUAAUCAUUGCAGUCGUCGUUUCUUUUAUCAUUUUGAUCGGUGUGGUGACUGUCAUCCUGAUUAUACGUCAAAUGAAUGGUUAUUGUGCUGCUCGCCGUGGGAGACCAAAGAAUUACAGGAAAUGACAUACGUAAAGCAGACAUGAAACUGAUAAGAGUGAUGAUGCUGCCUGCCACAUCAUGGACCCUCGUGCCCCAACAGAUGCAAAGCCAAGCCUCUUUGCCUGGUCAUUGACUCUAAAUCCCAGCUUUACUAAAGCAACUGGAACUUUUAACCAUCUGUGCCUUAAAACUUCGACUGUUUUUGAACUUUGACUGUUGCAUUUGGACCUCUCUGUCUGCUGGACCUUGUUGAUGGUGUUACUGAAUACAUGAAUCUACUGUUACAUAUGCAUAUACUUCAUUUUCUAGGAGGGACAAUGAGAAUCUCUUACUGGCACCACGCAGAGAGUUUUGCAGGCUUGGGUGACUGUGUAUAAAUAAAUACCUACUAAAAGAAAAGCAUAAAA